AUGGUCAACUUUGUGGAUUUGGGACUAAAAUAUGGUAAGUUAUCGUGUUGAAAUUAUAUUUUUACCUUUAUUUUUUCAGAAUCCCCUCAGUCAAGACGAACUGCGGGAAAGGAGGAGCACCCUCGCCCCCUGAGUGAGCUCGGGGGGCCUCUGGAAUUAAAAGGGUGCUCUGUCCUAGUCCUAAAUGAGCUCAAUUGCGCUUGGAUCAAUCCUAGAGCACUUCGGACCGAAAUGGAGGUAUGCUUGAUUUUUUUACUUAAUGGUUUUGCUAUUGUUUUUAUAUUUCUUUGUCAAUGAGAGCUCGCUAUUGAUGCGUAUGUCAUCUCCAACUUUUUUAGAAUUACGCCAAAAUGGUCUCCAUUUUGGCCUGCUCGACUUUGAUGAGCCCACGAGCAGGAAAUGAGGUAAGUAGUGUUGUUAUAUAUUGUUUGGUGAUUAGAGCAUUUUUAAUAGAAUUUUGUACGAUGUUGUAGACAUCUGUUCAUUUAACUUGUCUUGCCUAAAACCUGCACUUUUCGAUCAAAUUUCUACGUGGUGUUUUGUGUUUAACUUACAUUCUUCAUGGGUUUUAAAAAAUGUAAAUAUUUUGUGCGAUGUUAUAGUAGACACCAACUGUUUUUGCAUCUUGAUUUAGUCAAAACAUGGGAACAUUUGGCUGAUACUAUUUACCCGCGCUCAAAAAUUGUCAGGACUUUUUGAGCGCGAUAUUUUGUCGUAGCCAUUUCCAAAAAUGCAGAAAUCUGUUUUUCGACCGCCCUUAUUUUUUCCUUGUCUCUUUGGCGGACAUUUUUAUUCGUUCCUUUUUCAGACUCUUGCGUUAACAUGA